GUUGACGGUCUGAACUCUUCGGAUGAUUUCAGCUCAGAGCACUACGCACAGUCUACACACUGGACUAUCGGAUGUCAACAUGACCAGCUCAUGGGUGCCCGACAUGGACCCGGCCAGCGACUUCUCGCUGGCCAACAUCCCGUUCGGCAUCAUCUCGACCCCCAACGACCCAGAGCCACACGCCGCCGUGGCCAUCGGCUCAUACGCCCUCGAUCUCAAGGUUCUUUUUGCCAGCGCUGAUCUAACGCAGCUUUUCCCGGAAAUCCAUGGGCUCGCCGAAGCCUUCUCCCAGUCCACCCUCAAUGCCUUCGCCGAGAUGGGCCGGGCCGUCCACCGUCAGGUGCGCGCCGGUAUUCAGGACCUACUCUCUACAACCACUGCUCACCCUUCGAUCCUCCGCGGCAACACCUCGCUCCGUGCUAAGGCCCUCCUCCCUCAAUCUACCGUCAAGAUGCACCUCCCCAUGGCCAUUGCCGACUACACGGACUUCUACGCAGGCUAUCACCACGCCUAUGCCGUCGGCGUCAUGUUCCGCGGGCCAGACAAUGCGCUCCAGCCCAACUACCUGCACCUGCCCGUCGGCUACCACGGGCGGGCCUCGAGCGUCUUGGUGUCGGGGACGCCGAUUCGCCGGCCGGUGGGACAGAUCCUGCUGGACGCCAAGGCGGAACCGAAACGACCCGUCACGGCGCCGUCACGAAAACUGGACAUGGAGCUCGAGCUGGGGUGCUUCAUGGCGCGGGGCAACGAGCUAGGUAGGGCCAUUCCCAUUGGCGAAGCCGAGGAGCACAUCUUUGGCUACGUGCUGCUUAACGACUGGAGCGCGCGCGACGUGCAGACGUGGGAGUACGUGCCACUGGGCCCGUUCAACGGCAAAAACUUUGCCACUACCAUCAGCCCGUGGGUGGUGCUGGCGGACGCAUUGGAGCCGUUCCGGACGCGGGGAAUCGAGAACGCGACGGAGCUGCAAUGGUAUCUGGCGGAGGAGCGGGAGGACAACGUGUUUGAUAUUCGGCUGGAGGUGGACCUGACGACCGCCGAGGGCGAUACAACCACCAUCUGCCGGACCAGCUCCAAACACCUGAUCUGGUCGUUCCCGCAGAUGAUCGCCCACCAUACGUUGGGAGGCUGUCCGAUGCGCACCGGCGAUCUGCUCGGAUCGGGCACCAUCAGCGGGCCGGGCGGCGUUGACGAGCGCGGCAGCCUGUUAGAGAUGACCGAGGACGGCAAGAAGGAUGUGUUGCUGGGGGGCAUGGACUCCCGAACAUUUCUGAAGGACGGCGACACCGUCAUGCUGCGUGGUUUCUGCGGCGCUGAUGGCGCGAGGGUUGGCUUCGGUGCAUGCCGGGGGCGCAUUUACGGCGCGGCAUCAAGGUGAUGAGUCGAGGGAGCACCGUGGCUGUACAGCUUGAAGUAUGUACAUCUUACCUUACGCCAUUAUUCUCGAGGUGCGCUGGUUCUAAGGUCUAGUACCUUAAGGUAGUGUGAAUUCUGCAAAAAGUCCCG